AUGGCAUUGUACAAAAUGAAAAAGUCUUGGUCUAGCUUUGUAAUUCUUAAUUACUUAUCAUUACUACUCUUAAUAGCCAAUUAUUGACUAUGCUUUAGGGUCAUUUUGAUUGCUACAGGGUAGUUCUAUUGGAGACAUGAUGUUAGCAUUUCCUAAGCAAAUUGGGAACAUUCAAUCAGUGUUUUAAAAACCGACCCGAAGGUCAAAUCGUUUUGACCUUUGGUUUUCGGUUUAGUUGGUUUAACCAAUUCAAUUGUUGAAACCGUUGGGUCAAUUCAAAUGAAUAAAAUAUAAUGUUGUGUAGUGCUUUGACACUACAGGUGCAGUGGAUCAACUAACCUUGCUCAUUGUGGAGGAAACGCAAGUUCGAGCAGACACCACGUUAAAAUGUAAUUAGAGCAAAGAGCAAAGUUUGUGCUGUGCGUGUUCAAAUAGGAGAUCAUGUCUUUAGCUGUUGUUGGUGUGGCCAUUGUCACUGUUGUUGGCAAGGUCAAGACGUGGAUUGUUACCGCUUUUGACAAGGCCAAGGAGUGGGUUGUUGCCACUUUUGUUGCUGCUGUUGUUGUUGCUGUUGGCAAGGCCAAGGAGUGGGUUUUUGCUGCUGUUGGCAAGGCUAAGGAGUGGGUUUUUGCUGCUGUUGGCAAGGCUAAGGAGUGGGUUUUUGCUGCUGUUGGCAAGGCUAAGGAGUGGGUUUUUGCUGCUGUUGGCAAAGCCAAGAAGUGGGUUGUUGCUACUAUUGGCAAGGCCAAGGAGAGUGCAAGACAGUACAAAGGUGGCCUCUAUGUGUUUCUUACAUGCAUUGUUGCCAUUGUUGACGGCUUACUCUUUGGUUACAACAUUGGAAUUUCAGGGGGAGUGACAACUAUGAAUGGAUUCCUUCAGUGGUUUUUCCCCACCGUGUUUGAAAAGAUAAGGCAGAGACUUGAAAACAACUAUUGCAAGUACAAUAACCAAGGCCUCAUUGCCUUUAACUCAUCUUCAUAUCUUGGUGCCCUAGUAGCUUCUCUGGUAGCAUCUCUAGUAACAAAGAAGUAUGGACGUCGUGUGACUAUAAUUUGUGCAGGACUCAGCUUGCUUGUUGGAGCUGUUCUCAAUAUUGCAUUUACCUACCUAUUCAUGCUUUUUUUAGGUCGGAUUAUGCUUGGCUUUGGAACUGGAUUCGAGGAACAGGCUGUUCCACUUUAUUUGUCGGAAAUGGCACCUGUUCAUCUCGAAGAAAUCAUCAAGAGUAUAUUCAAAUUAGCAAUCAAGCUGGGUACUUUUAUAGCUAAUGUGGUUAACUAUAGAACAAAAAGGCUGGAUUAUUCAGGAUGGAGGAUCUCUAUUGGCCUCACAGGAGUAUUGGCACUUUUUGUGACAAUGGGAGCAAUUCUUCUUCCCGAGACACCUAAAGGCUUAAUUGAGCAAGGAAAAAGGGAGAAAGGCAAAAGAAUCCUUGCCAAAAUCAGAGGAAUUGAUGAUGUCAACACAGAGUUUGAGGACAUGAUACAUGCUAGUGAUUUGGCUAACUCCAUCGAGCAUCCAUUUAGGAAAAUGCUUGAGAGAAGAAACAUACCAAUAUUGGUAAUGGCCAUCUGCAUGCCAGCAUUCAAAAUCCUAACUGGCAUGAGUUUCAUUCUCUUCUAUGCUCCAGUGUUCUUUCAAAGCAUAGGGUUUGGAGAAAAUGCCUCACUCUACUGCUCAAUUGUCAUAGUAGCUGUCAUGGUUGCAUCUGCCUUUAUCUCCAUUGCCACAGUAGAUCGAUUGGGGCGAAGAGUUAUACUCAUCAGUGGUGGAAUUCAAAUGAUUCUAUGUCAGAUCAUAAUUGCUAUAAUUUUGGGACUCAAGUUUGGGGACAAUCAAUCUCUGUCCAAAGGCUAUUCAGCAUUGGUGGUGGUGGUGCUUUGCCUCUUUGUUUUAGCCUUCGAAUGGUCAUGGGAGCCUCUAAGUGAUAAGGUGUUGGAUGAGAUAUUUACAUCAGAAACAGAGUUAGCUGGAAAAAUUAUCAAAGUAGUUGUUGACUUUCUAUUCACCUUUAUAAUAGCUCAAAGCUCCCUUUCCAUGCUCUGCACACUCAAGUUCGGUAUCUUUUUGUUUUUUGCUAGUUGCAAUAUUAUAAUGACCUUAUUCGUCUAUAUGUUGGUGCCCGAAACUAAGGGAGUUCCAAUUGAAGAGACAACAUUUUUGUGGAAAAACCAUUGGCUCUGGAAGAGAAUAGUCCCUGCAUAGUCUUGCAUCUAGAGAUUGGUGGGAGUAUUUACAAGGACAAUGUUGUUUCAUUAGGAAAAGCUAUUUAGUUUAUGUCUGCUACUUUUUGUUUUUGGUUUGUUGUACCAGACUCGUACAUAUUUCAAGCUUCAAUGAAAUAGUUUAGUGAUU